ACCCCGGGAGGGAGGGAGGGGCCGGGCGGGCGCGGCUACUUGAGGGCAGAGCCGCCGCCCCGGCCGGGUCAGCAUCGCCGGGAGUCACCGGAGCGAAGCAGCGGAGAAGCGGAGCGGGGGAGCCCAAGGCGCGGAAAAUGGCAGACAGUUUCUCGCUUAAUGAUGCCUUGUCUGGGUCUGGAAACCCAAACCCUCAAGGAUGGCCUGGUGCAUGGGGGAACCAGCCUGGGGCUGGGGCAGGGGGCUACCCAGGAGCUUCCUAUCCCGGGGCCUACCCGGGACAGGCACCUCCAGGGGCCUACCCGGGACAGGCACCUCCAGGGGCUUAUCCUAGCCCAGCUGCACCUGGAGCUUAUCCUGGACCAACUGCACCUGGAGCUUAUCCUGGACCAACUGCACCUGGGGCUUACCCAGGACAACCAAGUGCUCCCGGAGCCUACCCAAGUGCUCCAGGUGCUGUCCCCUAUGGCAACACUGCUGGACCACUGACUGUUCCUUAUGACCUGCCCUUGCCUGGAGGAGUCAUGCCUCGCAUGCUUAUAACUAUUCUGGGCACAGUGAAGCCCGAUGCAAACAGGUUUGCUCUAGAUUUCAAGAGAGGCAAUGAUGUUGCCUUCCACUUCAACCCACGCUUCAGGGAAAACAACAGCAGAGUUAUUGUGUGCAACACAAAGGUGGACAAUUCCUGGGGAAAGGAAGAAAGACAAGCGGCUUUCCCCUUUCAAAGUGGCCAACCAUUCAAAAUACAAGUCCUGGUUGAACUUGACCAUUUCAAGGUUGCUGUCAAUGAUGCUCACUUGUUGCAGUACAAUCAUCGGAUGAGAAACCUCAAGGAAAUCAACAAACUGGGCAUUUCUGGUGACAUUAACCUCACCAGUGCUACACAUGCAAUGAUAUAAUCCACAAAAAGCAAAUCUUUACAUCUAAAUCAUAUACAUUUAAAGGCUUCAUGUUCACUGUAAGUGAAAAGCUUUUCAUUUAUUCAUCAGUACCCUCUUGUAAGCCACCCAUUUAAUAAAUAUUCUAUGCCAAGUCA